AUGAAACAGUUAGGCGGAAAAGGUAAGCGCAGCUACGUUAGCUACCCGAAAGACGAUGUAAAACUACAGCAACGCACAUCAUCAAACACAACCAAAUCGCAAGCACCAUAUAACAGUGCCAAAGAAAACGAAAACAACCAUGAGGACGCACCAUCGGCUCAUCCCGCCGACGGCUCAAGCGACGAUGACGAUGGGGACGAGAGCGACAACGACAACGACGAUGACGGAAACAACAGCAGUAGCAAGGUUCAUGAAAAUGUAACAAUUGAACUGACCGGGAAGAGACGGUUGUCAACUGAGAACAGCAGUGGAACAACAGCAGACAACGAACCGAAACGAUCGUGUAGCCAGGGUAGCCAGAAAGUCGAUACGAGGAAUGAUUCUGAUUGGAAAGUACAUGAAUGCACUGAAUAG